AUGGAGGAAUCGAUCGGCGAAGGGGGAGGAGCGGCAGUAGCAGAAAUGAAUUCCCACGAAAUCUUGGUGCCUGCAGAGGGCCUGAAGAGGUCGGAGAUCUAUCACGUGGUAAAGGAGGUGAUCGGCUUCGUCCUGUACAUUCAUCAACAGAUUCCAGAGUAAGAAAUCUCUACUCCCCUCCGUCAACUCUGCUAACGAUCUACUUCGCGUUUCGUCGAAGAUAAUAAACUUGAUAAGUUGAGUCAUCAAUCGCUCUCUCAUCCACGUUAAGGUUCGUGUUUCUGUGGAAUUUGGGUGGCACCUUUGUAGAAAAGGCAUCUGGGUUUUGGAGAGUAUCUAUAAGUUGUUACCGAUUUGAAAUUUUAGACAGGCAUGCUGUCAUCUUCUUGACCGAUAGCUGGAGCCAUCCUUCCUGAACGGUGGAUUCUGUGUCUCAGUUGUGUAUGCUAGGGACGACCUGAGUGAUAACCAAGUGGAGUGUUUCUCUUAAGAAGGCUAAGCGAUUCAGAAAUUAAUUUUCUAUGGAUUUACUUGGAAAUAUUUGACCAAUACUAUAGUGUCUGAGGUAUUCUUUCACGCUUGAUCUGACUCCACUUGUUACAAUUUCUUAUGAGUUAGGUGAUGCGUUAUUCAAUAUUACACCAGAAAAAAAAAAUUAUGCUCAACCACAUGAUGGUGGGUGUUUGCGUCCAUUUGACACACCUCAAGAGUCGGCCCGCGCCUGAAGGGAAAAGAUUGAAUAAUUUCACAUUUAGAAGAAGCAAGUCUAGAGAAUGCUUGUUAAUUUGUGGCUGAAGUCCAAAUUCUUAAAAAACUUCAGGGUUACCAUGUGGCGGUUCUGUAGAAGUUUACUUAACUCAAGAACCCUUUUUCUCCACGAUUCCUAGCACAAAGAAACACCGAAAUCACUUUUCUUUUAUUUUAUUAAAGAAAGGUCACAUUUCAUUACUUCCUUUUCUAAGAGUUAGCCUGUUUGUGCGGAAGGCUUGUCAUUAGCAAUUUGAUAAGGUAUUCUCAUCCUAUCUGGCAUGAUUUCUUUUUAUUCAUUUAUUUAUGAUUAUAGGGGUCAAAUACACGUUAAGGCUUUCAUGAUGCGGUAACCUUGGUCCUAUUUCAAGUAAAACGAGGGCUAUUGUAACUAGCUUGAGAAAGUAUGUUGACAGUUGACCAGAAAUUAUCUCGUGGCAUAAUAUUUUAGGAGCGCAAAAUAAUCUGCUAUGCAUAUUGUUCAGGACCUUGCAACAUCUUGAAGAGGAAUUUGAUAGAAUAAGGGAAGAAGCUAAGACUUUGGUAUGUUUUAUGAUGAUUUCCUUUCCUCACGCUUACUCUGUAGCUCGAUCUGAACAGUCUAUUUUUGUAGGAGGAGUCAGCCCCAGCACCAGAAUCAGAAGCAUGUUCCACUAGAAUGAGAAAACACAGACUUAGAGAAGUAAAGCUGGGGAUAAGAAGGCGAGAGAAGUUAAUGGCUAGCAUUUCUAGUUUACUUUCUUCCCUUCACUUGAUACUUGAUGAAGUUCCCAUUGUCCAUGGGCUUAUGUUGGCCCUUGGAGGGACUCUAGUAAGGCCUCAAUAUGUCUAUGAUAUUGUUUUUUCGCAUGAAAAGAUCGACUCAGGAAGCUCAGGAGAUGGCAGCAGAAGCAAAGUGGCCAACUAUAUUUCAAGAAAGGUUAGCUUCGCUUACUCUAUAGAUAAAACACUUGAAAAAAGUCUGUUCAUUUGUUAAUUGAAUAUCUUUGCCAGGCCAUUCGGUCCCUAAUAUCGAAAGGAGCAGGCGGUGGUUCUUAUUCAGGUUUCUUUUCCAUGAAUUAGUUCUUGCAAAGAUGAAUAAAUGUGCAUCAACUGGUGGAUAUUAUAGUACUGACGAGAAUUUUUUUUCCUUCUUUUAGGCCCUAUGAAGUUAUUUCUUCUUGUCAAAGCUACGGCUACUUUGAAAUUACCUACGCAUUUUCUUCCCAAACGUGAUUUUAAAUACCAUAAGAAAGUAAGCAGAUCAUUUACUAGAAAACGGACAUACUUGUACAAAUGUCUGUAACCGAUCCUUUUAAUUGAAGGUAACUGGAUUUUUCUCUUUCAGACAGUAUCAUUCAGACUGCAAAUUAGGUGCAAGACUAAGAAACAAGCCUUUGACUGUUUACAUUAUUCUGAUCGAGAAGAUGUUUCUGCUAACCUGCUGGACACUACGUCCAGUGAUUUAAUCUGGUAUGCCAUAUUCUCUUGCUUCUCUUCGUCUUUUAUAUAUUUAUCUUAAAUCUCUGCAUGUAGUCAAAUGUAGUUACUGCUGUUAUUCUUUUCUGCAAAUUCUUCUGACGGAGCCUUUCAAAUUUCGAAUCUCCUAUAUUUUUUCUUUGCCUAUUAAAGUUACCUUCUCUAAAAUAGGAAUAGGUGAGAACAAGUGGCGAACCCUUUAUAUUUCUGAUUUGAAAACUGUCGCAUUGCUUCUAACAGCGAAGUAUCUGCUCAUCGUUUCCUAUCCUAAAUCGAUCCUUGUCUACAUCCAUCAUGGCAACUUGAACUAGCAUACCUUUUGAAAGUUAACCUCGCCUUGAUCCGACAAUGGGAAUUCGACCCACCAUGAUAUUCAUUAUAUUGAUAUCAGAAAAAAAUUCCAACCUAGCUGUUAAAAGUGUCAAACAAAAGUUUCAAUGUGUAUUCAUAAUUAGAUGCUGUUUAGAAGCCUGCAGAGCCUACCUUCCUGCUGACAUUAUUUCAUGAGCUGGGAAUAAAUUUUUGGCUUAACAGCAAGAGAAAAGAUCUGGUCCUCUCGUUUUGACACCCAAGCUGUCAAAUGGAUGCCUUGACCAUUAGGCUGACUCUGGGGUCCCUAUAUUUCUUUUUUAAUGCUGUAUUAUUACCGAUUACAUCAAUAUCUGUCCUAGCUGGAAGUUCUGUGCCGCGCAGAAGCAACUUUUCUAUUAGUACUGUGUGGUGUACCUUCUUCUUCUUCUCUCUCUCUCUCUCUCUCUCAUCAUCAUCAUCAUCAUCUCACAGGCUUACAGAUAUUACUGAAACUGAUUAGCUGUAAGAUUUAAUCUCCACGAAGUGUGGAAUAGUCGUUGAUUACUGAGAAACACAUACCAGAAAUCAUGAUGUUUCUUGUUGGCAUGUCCGCUUUAUUUUUGCCAUUCAAAAUGAGUAGUGAAAAACAAAUUUUAUCCUUCGCUCGUGCUUGGCAUCUGAGAGUGACAUCCUCACCAAGUGAGACUCCCGAUGCUUUUUCCCUUCUGUUUGGGCUCAUGUUUUCAUCAACUGACUAGAACGUUAUCUUUAAUUGCUUAUAUUUCUGUGAAUAAAAUAUAAUCCACAAUUUUUUUCUUAUUUCUGGAUUCACUGUCAAUUCAUUUAAUUUUUUUUAAAGCAUUUAGAUGCCAUAUUUCCCUAAGUCACAGAUUAAUGACAAAAAAAUAUACAGAAUUGUAAGCAAAAAAAGAGAAAAAAAAACUCUGGAAAAUUGGCACGAUUUUAUCAUCUCAGUAUUCCUACUGUCUUUAACAGGUUCCAGUGCAGACAGACUAUCAAGGGGGUGGCCUCAAAGGCUCCUUCAGUGGAAGGAUGA